UGGUUCAGUACGAUACCACCUCCCUACGCGUACGCAACACAAACUGCACAACGUCAAGGAAAUACUCUUAAAUAAAAAAAGCUCAAAUAUUAUAAACAAUACAUUUUUUGAGUAACUUACUAUCAGUAUCCAAUUUAUAAUUAUAUUAAUUUAUUAUUUUUGUUUUAAUUUUCAAAAUUCAUUGUGUUUUUUUUUUUUUUGUUUAUUUAUUUAUUUAUUUAUUUAUAUAUAUUUUUUUCUCUUUUUACAAAAAAGAAGAUUUUGUUUUUUAAAUUAUUUUUUUGUUCAAUGCGUUAUCGGAGUUUAUCAAUUAUUUCAAAUUGAUUGUUGGAUCUGUGAUUUUGUGUUAAUCUGAGUGAUUUAUGUUUAGUUUUUUUUCAUCCUUGUUGAUUUGUUUGGUUUUUUUAAAUUUAUUUAUGUUUAGUUUUUUAAAUUUAUUGACUGGUGAUUUUUCAAAACAAACGAGGUGGUUUAAAUUUGGCGUUAACUAGUUGUGCUUGGAAAUAAAAAUAUAAAUAAUAAUAGAUUUAAAGAAAGAAAAAAAAAAAAACAACAACUACAAAUAUAUACUGUAAAGUGAUUAACAUCGAUGUGUUCCUCAAUGGGACAGGGCCCGUGCCAGACGGUUGUUGUAGAAACGUGCCGGGUCCUCAGUGUUCCCCGUGGGUAAUUGCACCCGGUAAGGUCGUAAAGAAGCGGAAGACAGUUUUAUAGCUGUUUCUUUCGACACUGUAAUACCCACGUGGCGCUUGUAAAAAACAAAUUAUUUUUUUUCAACUAUUUACCGGUUUUGUCCUCUUCAUUAGUCAAAUUUUGAAUUAUAAAUUGUACUAUAAUUUUUAUUUGUUAUUACCUUAUUUACAAAUUACACGACACAUCUAUUGAUGUAUAUUUAUAACAAAAAGUACUGAUGAAAAGAUAAUUUCAAAAAAGAGCAUAGAGUGUACAAAAAAUUAAAAAUGACACAAUUUAAUAAAUGAGCAAUAAAUUAUUAUUUGCUUAAGAUGAUCGUAAGUGUAUAAAUAAAAUACUUAUGAUCAUAUAAAUCUUAAACAAAGAUUAAAUAGUUGAAUUAAAAAUUUAAAAAAAAACGAAAGAAAAAAAAAAUGAGUUCAUAUCAAUUUGUGAAUUCAUUGGCAUCAUGUUAUGCUGGCCAACAGGCCCAACAACAACAACAACAAACUCGACCAAAUCCAACCUCUCCAAGUGAGCCAUUACAGGCACCAUCACCAGCUGGAGGUGAUUACUACAAUCCAAAUCCAGCAAAUACUGGAUAUCCAACACCAUGUUAUUCACCACAACAACACUAUCCUCAACAUCCAUUUGCAACACCAGCAACUGGAAUGCAACAUCCACCACCAACAGGAAUGAUAGACUAUACACAACUUCAACCAGGUCCAAGAAUAAAUACAACAUCAACAACACAACACAAUUUACAUGCUCAACAACAUCAUCAACAACAUCAUCCACAAUCAUUAAUACAUCCAGAUCAAACAGCUCCAUUAUUACAAGCUGGAACAACAGUAUCUGUACCAUCAACAUCAAGUUGUAAGUACUCAGAUUCAACGUCUUCCACUAGUGUAUCAUCACCACAAGAUUUAACAACAUCAACAUCAAGAAAUAGUCCAACACCACAAGCUAGUACUAGCAAAGCAAAUUUAAAUUUAACAUCACCAUCUGGUAUAUCAUCAAGACCAUCAAUUUCAGCAUCAGGAUCAUCACCACCAAGUGGUAGUUCAAGGGUUAUUGGUGAAAGCAGUACAACAUUAACAACAGUAUCAUCAGCAUCAUCACCAGCAUCAUCUACUUCAAGUACUUCUAGUACUGGAAAUAAUUCAUCAAAUAAAGGAAAUGCAAGUGGUGGUAAUCCACCACAAAUAUAUCCUUGGAUGAAAAGGGUUCAUAUUGGUCAAAGUACUGUCAAUGCAAAUGGUGAAACAAAACGUCAAAGAACAUCAUAUACAAGAUAUCAAACAUUAGAAUUGGAAAAAGAAUUUCAUUUUAAUCGUUAUUUAACGCGACGAAGAAGAAUUGAAAUAGCACAUGCACUUUGUUUAACAGAACGUCAAAUAAAAAUAUGGUUUCAAAAUCGACGUAUGAAAUGGAAGAAAGAACAUAAAAUGGCGAGUAUGAAUAUUGUACCAUAUCAUAUGUCACCUUAUGGACAUCCAUAUCAAUUUGCACCACAUCCAGGACAGUUUGCACAUUUGGCUACAUAGGACGAGUUCUCGCCCGCCGAGCUUGGGGCGCAUUCUGUCCGGUUUCCGGGUAUGUACGGUGAGCAGAAUUUUUAAGGCUUUAAUAAUCAUCAAAAAAAACAUCAAGUAACAUCUUUACAUUCUAAUCAAUGGAUUACAAGAAACUUAUCUCUAUGUUUGUUAAUUUUAUUUAAAAAAUUACAAACAUAUUGCUGUUUCAUUUUGUACUGAGCACAGAAUCAAUUCAAUCGAAACAAAAAACAAAUUUAAUUUUUAAAAAAUAUGGCAGCUUUAAUAUUAUUGUUGGAAAAAAUUCUGAUAAAUAAUUUUCAUGAUGUUUUGAAAAUUGAAACUGUGCUCAUUUCUAGUCAAACUGACAUUAGCAAUUGAAUGAAAAUUAAAAAGCCUUAUAAAAAAAUAAAUUCAUCAACAAUAUUAUUUGUUAAAUGAAAAAAAAAUUCUGCUCAAUAAUAUGCAUUUUUAAAUGCGUACAAAUACUUGGAACUGUACUGUGCUCCAAAGAGACUUCUUAAAACAACAAAUGCAAUGAAAUUAAAUUAUGUAUACAUAAAUAAAUUUUUUAAAAUACAUAAUAUUAUUGCCAAGAGUCUCUCUUAGUGGGCGAGAUUUAGCGAAUCUCAUUAGAUUUAAGAAAACUAAUUAUAAUAGAUAUUUUUUUUUUUUUUUCGUUUUAAAAAAGAAGAGAAAAAAAUUUAAUAUGAAUACAUUUAAUGACAGUACUUAUUUUUCUUCUUCUUGUAAUUCUGUAGAAAUAUUAUUAUUAUUUUAUUUUGAAAGUAGAAAUAAUUUUUUAUUUCAAAUAUUAAAUGUUUUUAAUAAAUUUUAAAAAAAUUUAAAUACUGCUUUUCAUUGCUCAAAGUAUUCUCGGCCAAAAUAAGAAUUUUAAACUGAUUAAUCUCAUUUAUUAAUUAUUGUAAAUUUAUAAAUGUAUAUAAAUAUAUAUAAAUAUAAAUGUGUGUUAUAUAUAUUUAGUCUGUGCAUAGUGCUGGUUCGAUUAUUUUAUAAUUUUAUAAUUUUCAUUAAUUUUUCUUUGCUUAUUGAUUUAAGCAAAAGAAAAAAUUUGUUUUUUUUUUUUUUUUUAUCACAAUGUAAAUGAUUUUUUAAAAGCUCUGAGGUUUAACCUUGGUAUAUAAAAUAUUGGCCGAUAAUGCUGUUGAGUUAAUUGGCUGAAUAAUUUGUAAACGCAAAACUAUAUAUGCAAAAAAAAAAAGUGCGCAAAUUAGACUGUUAUGUUAAUGCGUAUUAGCGCAUAUUUUGAUGUAAUUUGUGAUACAAAAAAAUCGACGUAUACUUAAGAUUAUAAAGAAAAAAAAAAUGAAUAAAUUAAUAACAUUAAAAAUUAAAUAAUAUAUAAGUAUACAUUUAAAUAAAAAAGAAAAACAGAAUAUUAAAAGAAAAUUUAGAACGUCGUUUUGAGUUAAGUUACAAGUUUAUAAAACUUUAUAUCGUGAGACAAAAACUGUGCGUUAUACGAGAAAACAAAUUCGGAAACAUACAGGGAUCAUAAUGUAUAUGAUAUAAAAAAAAAUUCAAGGAAAUUUAAAAUUAAAAAAAAACAUUUGUAAAUAAUUAUAUUGAAUAUAUAUCAACAAAAAAUAAAAAUAAAAAUAGAUGAGUUAUAAUUGUGAAGGAAAAAAAUUGAGAAGAGUUCGACUUUUCAAUGUGGCCUCAUGAAAAAAUAAAAAAUAAUUAUAAUUAAAUAAAAUGUUAAUUAAAUUCGUGUUUUUUUUUUUUAAAUUUAAUUUUCUUCUUUUGUAAAAAAAAUUUUUUCAACUUACUUUUAUCACUAGAGUGUAAUAAUUUUUUUUUUUUUUCAAAAUUAUUGUGGUUAUUAUAACUUAUAAAUAAUAUUUAAAAAAUUUAUGAAUAUAUAAAAGUCUUAGUGUCAUUUGGAUAUAUUGCGAGUGAAUCUGUUGAUGAUUGAUUUUUCUCACGAAAAAGUUUAAUAAAAUAAAUAUAUAUAAUUUAUAUAUAAAUUAAUUUAAAUUAUAAAACUUUUUAUUGUGAGUUCCAGUGUUGAUAUUGGAAUUUUAUUUGUUUCGUUAUAAUUUUUAUUUUUUUGAUAUUUUUUUUUUGUUGUUUUGAAAUGAUGUGUGUGUUAUAAAUUGCACGCUUUGUCGUACUGUCUUUAUAUCACUGAAAGGUGAUAAUAUUAAUUUUUUUUUUUUGUCUUGGACAACAGGUCAAAUAUAGUUGUCUGCAUUGUUCAAAGAAACAAGUUUGUUUUUUUAUUUUUUUUUCUUGUUUUUCCAAUUUGAUUAUUAACAUAAAAAAUGUAUAAUAAAUUAAAGAAAAAAAAAGUUUAAACUAAAUUAUACACUAAUAUAUUUGAAGAGAAUAAAUUACAAAUUUUAAAAAAUAAAACAAACAAGUUUCUCAAGUAGUUUGUGAUGUAAUUGAGGUGGUACUUUAGGUACUUUGUUAUAAUAAUUUUGUCAAUAUCAUUGUUACCUCUCGAAUUGUAAAAUGUAUUUAGAAUUUUUCCCAGUCUAAUUAUCAAUUAAAAAUAUUCAAAAUUGAAUCAACAUUUGAAGUUAGAAAUUACUAUUAAAUGUCACAAGUCUAAAAGAUUAAAAAUACAAAGAAAUUAUUAGAUCAAAUUAAUUUAAAGAGAUAAUUAAGAUGCAAUAAUAAUUUUUCUAAUAUUGUAUAUUAAUUAGCCAUUGAAAAAUUGUCUGUAGGUAACAUAGACAUCUUGAUUACAAAUCUAAUGGAUUUUUUUUUCUAAAAUUACUUAUAAAGUACCUUGGUUACUACCUUGAUACAACUGAAUGAAGAAAAAAAAAAUUAAAACUCUUUUAAAAUUGAAUUGACAAUAGAAUCUAUAUACAAUUUUUUUUUUUUUCUUUUUGUUAAUUUUUAUUGAUGUUGAUAAGAAUGCUCGCAGUUGACGAGCCUAAAUUAAAAAGAAAAAAAAUUUUCAUUCAAAUCGACACUACUGAACUUAAUUUGUAAUAUCACAUAAAUAAAGAAAAUUCAUUUCAAAACAAUAUGAAAAAUUUUUAAUUAAUUAAUUUGGCAAUCCUAUGAUUUAGUAAUGAUAUCAAAUCAUCAAAAUUAUUCUCAGCAUGAAGCAGU